AUGAAAUUCACAGCAAAUCUUCCUGAAAAUCUCUUGGAGCACAUCGUCUCCUUGUAUCUCCCCAUCCAAUCUGCUUUAGCAAACCGAAGUGUGUCUAAGAGAUUCAACGAAGGAGAGAUCCGAUCUCGAGACCUCGACUUCAGCGGAAUAUAUUCCGUGAGGCGCAAACAAGCAGAGGUCGUACGUGCCGUGGAGGACGUCUUCAACCAGCACAACGGGCCAGACAUCGAUCGGUUCGUCCUGAUUCUCAACCAUCUCGGCGUGAAAGAUAAGAUCAUCUCUUGGGUCAAGACGUGUGUUGAGAAAAACAUACAGGAGCUUGUCCUAGAUUUCUCCAAAUCUAGGAAAACGAUAGAGCUCCCUAUCGAUUUCUCAGCCGUCGAGACUUUGACGGUCUUGACGCUACGAUGGUGCACGUUCAAGAUUCCGGACAAUUCUCCAAAGGGUCUUAAACUUUUGAAGAGACUCACUCUGAUGAAGACGGAGGUAAAACAGGAGAUGAUAGAUGCGAUUCUGAACAAUUGCAUCUAUCUUACUACUCUUGCACUAGAACAAUGUUACAUGCGUGGGAAAUUUAGCAUCAAUGCUCAUGAUCACAAGAAGUUCAAGACUCUGGCUGUGCGUUCUAUGCCGAAGCUGUUGGAAAUCAUUAUGGAUGCACCGACUCUCGAGAUCUUCUUUUAUGAAGGAUAUGCGAAGCUUUUUGAUUUUUCAAGAGUGGUUGCACUUAAGGAGGUAGAUCUCCAUUACCAUGGGAGACACUGUUGGCGUUACUAUGACGCAUCUGACAUGGUUCGUGCUAACAUGGGAGCCCUUCUAGGAGUUCGUGUCCUCGCAACCACAAACAUCUUUCUUGAGGCUCUCACGCUUAAAUGCAAUCCUAUGAGCGGAGAAAUGACAGCACCGACUUUUUGUUUCCCGAACUUGAAAGAAUUCGAAAUUGCUUUUGAAGCUCCAACAGUUUGCAAUUUUUUCGACAUCGCUGAAUUCAUCAAACACUGCCCUAAGCUCGAGAAGGUUUUGAUCGAUGUUAGGAAUUUCACAUUUGAUCCUGGCUUUAUGUGGGAGUUUCAUUAUGAGCAAGAUAUUCAGAAAUAUGACAAGAGGUUUUUGAGAUCUAUCAAAGAAGUCAAGAUCAUUGGCUACAAAGGUGACAAGCAUGAGCUUACUUUGGUGGCCUUCUUUAUAUGGAAGGCACAAUCUCUUAAGAAGUUGGAGUUGGUGAUUUCUACAAUAGCGAGACUCCUGGCUCGAGGAUUCGACUAUGGAAACAUAAAUGCUGUGAAAAGCAUAUAUCCAAGCGUUGUAGUAACUGAAUACUGA